AUGACGAAUAUCCAGUCGGAGGGUAGCGGUGUGCUCGUUGCAAUACUGAUUGUCGCUAUGCUUGCUGUCUAUGUUGUGCAUUCCAUUAUACUUGGAGGAUUGCAGUUUGCCAUGGUCGUCGAACGUGCCAUUGCACUCUGGAAACGCUCGUUUUACGAUUCAUUCGGACCCAAGCUUGGAAUUGUACUUGUUAUUGUAACGAUUCUGCUCUCUCUGCUAUCGUGUAUUUGGGCAAUGAGUGACGAGGAUUUUUCGCAAAGCUAUGCUUACUGUUCCCCUGUUACUGCACAUACAACGAAAAAGAUGACCAUGCUGAUAUUCGCGUCGUCAGGAGUGUCUGCUUUGACAAAGUCUUUCAAUCUGACGAUAUCGUAUCAGAUCCGUGAGAACGACACUGUUUUACGGUUAUUGCUACCACUGGAAAUAUUCCAAGCCCUCGUCUCUGGGUUUACCUACACGAGCAGCUACAUUAUUGUUAUAUUUCGAGAUCGACUCUCAGCUGUCACCUAUAGAGCUAUAUUGACUGGUUCAAAUGUGAGUGACUCUCUUAUUCGAUCGCUGGGCUUCAUGUACACCUCAAAAAGAAAAAUGAAUAAGAUACAGGAGCUAUACCUGCGGGAGACUUCCUGCUAG